AUGCGCGUCUGUGGUGUCGGACUGAACAACAACCCCAACAGCCUGCCCAUUACUCAUACUACUAGCAACAGCAACAAUGUCAGUAGUAUCAUCACUAUCGCUUUCACUUUUCCCUCGGUCCCUUCAGCUGCCUGCAAAGAGGCCUCCACCUCAGCCUCCGCCAACCGACGCUACCAGCGACUCGACGCCUCGCGGACUCCAGCUCCUCCGGCCCCAGCUGGCCCGGCACAAGACACGGCCCGGUCAACUGCUCUCUCACACUUCUCGCCAAACGCCGGUCGGCCGACUCGCUCGCAUCAACCGGUCCCGCCGACCUCGACGAAGUCUCCUUUGUCCGGCGACACUGUUUCUGCCCGAUGGCCCAACCUGUUGCCAGUCGUUUGCGACGAUGUCGUCUCGGACGAGUUGAGCUGCUCCGACAGGCCC